AUGGGCCUACUGGACCGUACAAUUCAUUUUUCCUCUCCUCAAUAUCGCCGGCCACCCACUGACGGACUGACCCACCAUCCGCCCGAUCAUAUGGAUCACACUGCCGAGCAUCUCGACCCCACCGCCCCGACGCCCUCGUCUGCCUCCUCCCCGGCCGCCGUCGCCGGGGUAAAUGCGUGGUUGGCCUCCCUCGCCGCGGAGGCCGGGAGCGCGGGCGGGGCGGGAGGGCGAGACAGCAGAGGAGAUGCGGCCUCGGAGCUUUCGCUGGGGCCCGACUCCACACCGCGCGGGGUGGCCUACCUCCGCACGCUGGCCGCGGCGUCGCAGGCGCGGUCCCGCGCCGCCGGAAUAGCGGCUGCGGGGCUGGGCGCGCAGGCGGCAGAGUAUCGCGCCGAGGCGGCGCGUGCAGACUUGUCUAUGAGGCGAGCAGAGGCGGAGGAGAAGAGGGACAAAGUGCAUAAGGAGUCAAAUACACUACUUGAUUACACGCGGAAGGCCAUAAACAAGCAUACUGAGCUGAAGAAGAUGCUGGAGAAAUUUAAAAAUGGUGUGGAGAAGCGACAGGCUGAGCAAAUGACGGGUUGGCAGACAAAGCUUGUUAUGAUGGACUCAAAGGAACGGCAGUAUAUCCUCCAAGUCUCAAAUUAUAAGGCAAUGCUUAACCGAGUGGCUUAUACGCCAGAGAUCAAUCAUGGCGUGUUAAUGGAAAUGGCUGAGUAUGAGAAGGAUCUUGAGAGGAGGACAAAACCCAUUGCUGAUACAUUAAGAAGCUACCAGGAUUUACCUCCUGAUAAAGCUCUGGCUGCGCUAGCUAUAGAGGACAAAAGGAGGCAGUAUGCAGCUGCCGAGAAGUACCUAGAAGACGUGUUGCAAUCUGCUUUAACCACAACUGGCCUAUAA